CCGCGAGCUCCCUCACUUGGCUCUCGCCCUCCGGCCGGGAAGCAUGGGGACGUCCGGGCUCAUCUGUGCCUUCCUGCUAGCCUCCUGCUGCUGCUGUCGCCGCGUUGCGGGUGUGCCUGGAGAGGCGGAGAAGCCCGCGCCUGAGCUGCUGGAGGUGGAAGUGGGAGGCACAGCCCUUCUGAAGUGCGGCCCCUCCCAUUCCCAGAGCAACUUCAGCCACGUGGACUGGUUUUCUGUCCACAAGGAGAAGCCAACACUCAUCUUCCGGGUGCGGCAGGGCCAGGGCCAGAGUGAGCCUGGGGAGUACCAGCAUCGGCUCCACCUCCAGGACAAGGGGACGACUCUGGCCCUGACUCACAUCACCCCCCAUGACGAGCGCAUCUUCCUGUGCCAGGGCAAGCGCCCCCGGUCCCAGGAGCACCGCGUCCAGCUCCGGGUCUACAAAGCUCCUGAGGAGCCAACCAUCCAGGUCAAUCCCUUGGGCAUCUCUGUGAACAGUGAGGAGCCUGAGGAGGUUGCUACCUGUGUGGGGAGGAACGGGUACCCCCUGCCUCAAGUCAUCUGGUAUAAGAAUGGCCGGCCCCUAAAGGAGGAGAAGAACCGGGUCCAGAUCCAGUCAUUCCAGAUCGUGGAGUCUAGUGGUCUGUACACCUUGCAGAGUGUUUUGAAGGCACAGCUGGCCAAGGAAGACAAAGAUGCCCAGUUUUACUGUGAGCUCAGCUACCGGCUGCCCAGUGGGAACCACAUGAAGGAGUCUCCGGAGGUCAUGGUCCCCGUUUUCUACCCGGCGGAGAGAGUGUGGUUGGAAGUGGAGCCUGAGGGAAUGCUGAAGGAGGGGGACCGCGUGGAAAUCAGGUGUCUGGCUGAUGGCAAUCCCCCACCCCACUUCAGCAUCAGCAAGCAGAACCUCAGCACCAAGGAGAUGGAGGAAGAAAGUACCGAUGACAACGGGAUCCUGGUCCUGGAGCCCGCCCAGAAGGAGCAUAGCGGGCUCUACGAAUGUCAGGGCUUGGACUUGGAGACCACAGUAUCGCUGCUGAGCGACCAACAGGAGCUGCUGGUGAACUAUGUGUCCGAUGUCCGGGUGAGCCCCGCAGCCCCCGAGAGCCAGGAGGGCAGCAGCCUCACCCUGACCUGUGAGGCAGAGAGUAACCAGGACCUUGAGUUCCAGUGGCUGAGAGAAAAGACAGGCAAGGUGCUGGAAAGGGGGCCUGUGCUCCAAUUACGUAACCUGAAGCGGGAGGAAGGAGGAGGCUACCGCUGCGUGGCAUCUGCACCCAGUGUACCUGGCCUGAACCGUACCCAGCUGGUCAACGUGGCCAUUUUUGGGUCCCCAUGGAUGACAUUGAGGGAGAGGAAGAUACGGGUGAAGGAGAACACGAUGCUGAACCUGUCCUGUGAAGCCUCAGGGCAUCCCCGGCCCAGCAUCAUCUGGAACGUUGAUGGCACGGCCAGUGAGCAGGACCAAGAUCCGCAGACUGUCCUGAGCAUCCUGAGUGUCCUCGUGACCCCAGAACUGCUGGAGACCGGUGCCAAGUGCGUGGCCUCCAACCCGCUGGGCGAAAACGUCACCAGCAUCAUCCUGGAGCUGGACUCCAACAGGACCAAUAGCCUCAGCACCUCCACCUUCAGCCCUCCUGCCAGAGCCAACAGCACCUCCACAGAGAGAAAGCUGCCGGAGCCUGAGAGCAAGGGCGUGGUCAUCGUGGCCGUGACCGUGUGUGUCCUGGUCCUGGCUGUGCUGGGUGCUGUUCUCUAUUUCUUCUACAAGAAGGGCAAGCUGCCGUGUGGACGGUCAGGCAAACAAGAGAUCACGCUGCCCCCGUCUCGUAAGAGCGAAUUUGUAGUUGAAGUUAAGUCAGAUAAGCUCCCAGAAGAGAUGGGCCUCCUUCAGGGCAGCAACGGUGACAAGAGGGCUCCAGGAGACCAGGGAGAGAAAUACAUCGAUCUGAGGCACUAGCCUGGCGACUCACAAGGCGCUCCCUCCCCGGCCUGGAACAUUUCCUGUUCCCUGCUCACCCUGCCCCUACCCCAGCACUCAGGAUGGUCGCCAAAGUCUCUGAAGUGGACCAGAGAAGAACCCCCUUCCAGCUGCCCCGCAGGCCGUUUCAGAGUGCACACAGGCUGGGACCCAAGCCAUCCCAAGAAGGACCUCACAUGGCCCUGGAGGCCCUCUCUUCAGGGACCUGUCCACCACUACUGUCUCAAUCUGUUGAGUGACACUCAUGCCAAGGAGGGGGCCUCAGUAUUCCAGAAGUUUCUUGCAGAACAUGUUUUCUCUUUACACGUAUUGUGGUUGUAAAUACCUGUUUUCUACCAGCAGCCAAAUUAGGUAGCCUAUUUAUCAUGAGCUGAUUUCCCACUCCAGGGCUGGCUUCGUAGUUCAGUUCUAUCACUGAAGUGAGUGAGGAUGCUGCGAGCCCAGGCCUCUCUCUGCUGGUGAAGCACGUUGCUCAAACUGGUUCUAGAGACCCCAGCAGUAUCUAGGAGCAGCCCCCUGCCUGCCUUUGGAGUCGCUUUUGCAACACUCCUCUCCCUAGCAGGAGCCAGGACCUGGAGGUGUUUCUUAAAAGAUAUGCUAGGUAUAUCUCACUGUCCCUGCAGUGAGGAAGCUGGGUGCCACUUUCCAGAGUUAAGGCCAUUGAGCCCAAGCCCCCACGCCUUCUUGAGGAAUCAACCUAAGACUGAAUGCUAGGAGUUUGGGAUGGAAAUAAGGUCCAGAGUGUCCUUUAUGAGGACUGAGGCUAUAGAGUUAUACCAGCACCAGACUUCUACAGACUGAGCUAAUGGGUCUAGACCUUAGCAGAAGAGAAGGACCCUAAUGGGAGAAUGGUACUGAGAGAUGAGAAAUGGGCCUGGCUAGAGCUUUGGGGGUGUGUGUAUGUGUCUCUGUGUGUGUAUGUGUAUGUGUGUGUGUGUGUAUAUAUAUAUGGUUUUGUUAGGGUGUAAAUUUGCAAAUUCUUUCCUUUUUAUAUAUGUGUAUAUAUAUAUAUAUAUAUAUAUAUAUGAAAAAUAAAGCUUAACUGUCCCAGAAAUCUUAUAAUGCUGCGUUUUAUUCAUCAUGGGUACCAUAGCAGCCUGGGGCCUCCAGAAUUGGAACUGCACCCAAAGGAACACAAAACCCUUUGCGCUUGGGAAUAGGGACAGGGUUACCUCUGCUUCUGAGCAGACAGCUCAAGCUCUAACACAGGGGAUAAUCAUUUUAUUACUCAGCAGCCAAGCUGCUCUAGGCAGCUUGCAGGGCAUGGUGGGCUAUUGCCCCUUUCCUGUCACUUAGACUGCCCUCAAGGUAGCAAAACAGGCUUCUGGUGAUGAACCAGUGGGCCUAGGAAUCUGGCCCUAAAGCUCCCCAAGGUAUCACACCCUAGCCCACGAGUGAGCAAGAACUCAGGUCUGCUACAACAAAAGAAACUUUAUUUAAAAAUAUUUUUUACAGACAUGGGUGCCUGAAAAAGCUCUUUAGUUAACUGUGUAUGGAAAUGAAAAAAAUUAAUAAAUAACAUUAGUAUAACAGAACCUCUAAACAUUAACACAUUGGCAAAACAAAAUGGACUUAAAAUGAAAAUGAAUCUUAAAGCUCUGCUAUUCUCUGUAAGAAUAUUUACCUUCUGUUUUCUUAUUCUUUACAGGUGAGAAUGAUUAAAUACUGCUAAUAUAAAUUUUUUUAUAUUAAUGACACCUUUUUAAAAUAGUCCACAAAAAUCUCAUCUUUCAUUUUGUUUUAUUUUUAACACUGAUAUACAAAUUGGGACUCUUCAUUCUGGAGAAAGCAUCAAGUUCUCUCCAGCCCCACCCAGGCCAAGAAUGUCAAAAUUGUUAAUAAGGAGGACUUUGAAAAGAAUGGUUUCUAUCUCCCAAUGCUUUCUUUAUUAGUUAAAGGCAGGGAAGAACUGAAAAAAUGGAAAGAGAGAAAACGUCAUUAUACAGAAAACUUUUUUUUCUUUUUUUUCCUUUUUUUUUUUUUUGGUCAAAAUCUACAGUGGCCACAAUACUGAGGACCAUGUACUCAGUUCUGGUAUAUGGUCCCUGCUGCCUUUCCCAGGGGAAAACUAGCCCCUGCAGAGGGCACCAGCUGCUUAAUGCUCUAUGUCUGAAGUUUUCAAAAGAAAGGAAAGCCAAGUCCAAGUGAGAGGCAGGAAGUCCAGGCCAGCUCAGGAUCCAGCAAAAAGACAAGACAAGACAAACAAACAAAGAACCUCCCCUUCUCAGGAGAGUCCGCCCUACGUGUUUCAUGCAGUUGGGUCAUUAAUAGGAUCAGGAGUCCGGGAUACUUGAAAUGGUCCAGAGUAUACCUGGAAAUCAUGGAACAUUCUGUCUCAUCUUAUGGAACACAGAACAUUCAACCUGAAAAACUAAGAUUCUGACUGGAACCAACCAAAGGAUCCCAGGGCACGAUGCUCAUUUCUUCCAACUAAGCAUCAUGGCAGGGAGGAGGGGCCGCUGACACGCUGCACCUGUGUGCCACCUCCCCAGCCACAGGGAGCAUUUCCUCUCCCCUAGGCUGGAGGGACGAAUGACACUCAAGGUAGAGGAGCUAAGACUCUGCUAUUUCCAUAUUAAGUCCUAAAAUGCAGCCUGGGAUACAGUGCUGCCUUAGAAAGGCACAAAAUGUUUGGCUUUUUUUUUUUUUUUUUUUCUCAGUGUGCUAAAAAUUGUUUUGUUUUGAAUAAAGGAAAAUGAUAUAUAAGGUUAAAAAUCCCAAGUCACCACAGCCAGAAAGCAGAUGUAGGAGGUACCUCAUAGCUGCCAUGCCCCUGUCACAAGUUUCAGCAGGAGGUCAAGGCCAAGAUACUACAACAGUGCUGAGAAAGGCAGGUCAGGAGGCAUCCACUCUCACGGGCACUGCGCCCAUGGGCUCACACACCCAGACAGCAGAAGGAAGAAGCCAAGGAAGAGAAAACGUGCUCUCUGCCUCUUCAGUUUCCAGACAGCCAUAGCUUGGCUACCCUCACCCACAACAGGGUCAGAGGUAGGUAAGGAGGAGGGAACCAACACAAAGGGAACGCGUCAGCACACAUGUCAGAGUGCGGGUGUGGACGCACAGUCACCCCGCUCCCGGCCUGGGCCGAGCAGGGAGGCGGCACCAGCCUGAGGAGGCUGAGAGAGUGGGCCCUCAGCAGUGCUCCCCUGGCCUCUCAAACUGGUUCCGGGGCAGAAGGAGAACCUGUGGAGGCCUUGCACCUCUCACAUUCAGUCUGGGGACUGAAUCAAGAAUAGGGGGACGGGCAAUCAGAACUCUGCCGAUUUGUUCAGCUGCCAAGUUAAUAGAGCAUCUGGGGAUGGCUCUCAGCCUCUGCUCUCUACAAACAGAGGGAGUGGUCAGCCACAUUUUUCUCAAGCACAGAACAAGGGACGGGGCAGCGAGACCUCCAAACAGUUGUUAGUCUGUUAGUCAGCAGCUGGCCCUUUUGGCACCACACUUUCCAGCCGCCUGCAAAUGAGCUUCCUUGCAGGCCUUGCUCGCCCCGCCCCGAUUUCCCCACCUACUCCUGUGCUACUUUCUGGAACCCAGAAUUACUGGUGUUCCCCUUUGAAACCAACCCAGAUUUCCCAGGACACUGGGAAGGCAAGUGGCACUGCUGUCUCUCUGCUCCCUAAUUCUGGAGCCUAGAAGAGAAAGACUAUCAAACACAAAGGCUGAUGUGCCAGCCUUCCUCAUGCGUCUCAGUGUCUAUCUUUGGAUUAUUACGUUACUUCUGUAUAUAUCAAAUGACUCCAGUAGUCUAAAAAGUUAUAAGUAAUUAUGAAAUGCCUUAGUAACGUAGGACAGGCCCAGGAUGAGAUAAAUAAGAUCAAAGGAUUCAGGCAAACAGAAGCAGGCUUUUAAAAAAACCAAAGGAAUAAAGGUUUUACUCUAUAGGACUACAAGGGGAGCAACUAGACAGGGAAGAUAAAGGCAUCCUGUCUAAAACGCUCUCAGUAAAACUCUAAACUGGAAUCUACACCUAAUUUAUAUCCUGGCAAUCGUCCCAACUUUAUACAUUUUACUGGCAAAGUAGUUUCUGAGGUACCUAGGAAGGCCUGCCCAACAAUAUUACCGCAGAGCUCUGCGCACACAGGAGAGACCGGAUGAAAGAGGAGGAGGGCGUGGCGGGCCGCCAGAGGCCAGGGGCCCACAGAAUGCAGCUCUUUUUCAGCACUAAUACCUGAAGAGAGCCAUGGGGGGGGGGGGGGCUACAGUGGAUGUGUGAUAUACUCUCCAAAUAAAAUGAAAGAGACCUGAGAUCGAAUGAAGGCUGAGAAAUGUCACCUAAGAAUAGACCAGCUCCGGAAUAGGAGAAACUGGUCCUAAAGAGGGAGGUAAGAAAUCUUGGAUGCCAAGACUCAUAAAGGGAAGGAAAAUAGGAAAUAAAGAAACAAAGACGACAGGAACCCAAGUUAACUUAAACCUAAGCUUUUCCUCAGUGUCCCACAGUCCCAAGCCUGCCUUUCCACUCUCAAAAAAAGCAGUAUGGUAAGUUUUACGAACUAAAGUAUUUUAGGGGAUCUUAUCACCUCCUCUCUGAGAACCCCCCCACCCCCACGUCUCACCUGAAGAAGCCCGUCGCUGCUGCCCCAUGUGGCAAGGAGACUGGUCAGGGGUCGAUACCUGACCAAUGUGCUGGGCUGAUUGUAGUCUUUCUUGAGAAUAUGAACCAAGAGACACUGAGAAUCUGUUAAAAUGUUGAUCCCUUAGAGCUGGGAGGCCGUGAGGACCUGAGGACUGGCGUGCCUAUUUUGGGGCCAUGCAUACUGGCAAACAGGCUGACAAGCAGGACAAAGCACUAGCUGCAAAGUGUCUCAGCUCCACAGAAUCAACUAUACUGCUCAUCCUGGGUUCUGGGAAAUACCCUGCAUCCUUAUGACCCCCUCCUUCCUUUGGCUUGAAUGCUUCUGUUCCUUGUAUCCAAAGGAUUCCUCAACAGGACGGCCUUGACCUUCUUCCAUUAUGCACCCUCCUCCAUGCAUUAAAUGGCUACAUGCAUUUCUAAAGAGAGACUGCUAGCAUAGACUGAGAUCAAAGCAUCAUAGUGAUGUUUUAGGCUAGAUGAGAAUACUUUAAAUCGAAUUUCUAGAGCCUAGGAGGAUAAUAAUGUGUUGACUCUGAUACUAAGUUCUAGGAUCUCUAAGCCCCAUACCCCUAAAGAUACAGGCUGAGUUUUUUGUUUUUGUUUUUGUUUUUUUUGCUUUUUUUGGGUUGUACUUGCAGCAUAUGGAAGUUCCCAGGCUAGGGGUCGAAUUGGAGCUGCAGCUGACGGCCUACAUCACAGCCAUGGCAAUGCGGUACCCAAGUUUGUGACCUACACCACAGCUCACACCAACACUGGAUCCUUAACCCACAGAGUGAGGCCAGGGAUUGAACCUGCAUCCUCAUGAAUACUAGUCAGGUUUGUAACCUUCUGAGCCAUAAAAGGAACUCCCAGGUUGACAUAUUUGAGAGCUGACUGAAGUCAAUCUAUUUUACUGCCUGACUCUUGGAGACCAAACAACUAGUUGAAAAUCAGGACCCAGAGACAGGUGUCCAGCCCUUCUAAGACAUAGGAUUAGCUGCAAAGGUUGUUGAAGGAUUGGAAAACAAGUUCCAAAUAGAACAGGAGAUGGUGAUAGGAAAACUUCCUAAUAAAGGGGAUUAGGGGAUACAAGCAGCUCAGGAAAAAGAUCAAGGAAGGCACUAGAGUGGAAAGGGAGCUGUAGGCAGAUGUUUUACUUAAACAUUUAACUGCCCCAUGGUGUGACUCUGAGCCAGCACACCAACCUACCAAACAGAUUCUAUGGACACACAUAAAAAUGGUGGGUUAUCUUAACACAGAGGACUCUCCCUGACAUUGUCAAAGCUAUAGGAAGACAACAGGGGUUAAUGGCAGCAUCCUGAACUGAUUUUUAACCAGGACAGCUCUAUAAGGAAAUGUAUGUCUAGAUAAAAGAGCUGUGAACAUAAACUGCACAAUCUUAUUGGAAACAGCUAUUUUAGGGCCAAAUGCAUGUGCUAGAUAGCCCAAGUACAAUCUCCCAAUGUCAGUAAAUCACCACGUGGCAGCAGGGGAGAACACAGAGCUGAUACUUCCAGUUCAUGGUAAUUACUCAUGAACAUUUGCUGAAUGAACAAACGCACUGUCAGAGCCAGGCCAAUGGUCAGAAUACCAUUAUUCCAUGGGCAGUGGUCACUGCGAUGUCAGAAAGCCUGACAACUAAGAAGGAUGACUUACAGUUUGGGAAGGGGGCCUACACCCCUCUGCCUCUCAUGAUGUGAGGUAGGAGAAUAGUCUGCAUUAAGACUAUUGCUGAUGACACACAAAAAGGUCUAGAUACUUGUUAAAGGGAACAUAUAGCUGGUCCCUACUUUGCAAGCAAAUAUACAAAAAUUCAUGUGUAAGACUGCUGAUUGGACCAUAAAAUAUAUGUUACUUUUCUAUAGAGGAAAUACAUUUUAAGUAUGAAGAAUAGCAACCGCCUAAUUUUUUAAAAGAUCCAGAAACAGCUAAAUGAUACUAAUGGUACCAUCCCACACCCUAGGCCCUAGUGUUAAAAGUCUGUAUGAGAAGCAAAAGGACAGAAGAAUGUCAGGACAUGUAGACUGGGGUGGGGCUAGAAAGAAGGGACGAGAAUGGCAUCCACAGGUGUAUGUCACUAUUUAUAUAAAUAUUAACAGACAAAUGCUGAAAUGAUAAACUGCCUCAUCUAACAUUUACCUAAAGGGAGGUAUAUCAUUGAGCCCACAGGUUUUUUCCGCCUUGAGAACUCUUGACUUUUAAGGAAGGAGUACGGCAGGGGCAGCUGAUUAAGUACUGCCAAGCAGCCACCCAGCAACAAGGCAGGCUAUUAAAGCAACCCAGGGAGACAUGGGGAAGCAAGAGACUGGGUUGAAUACAAUAGCCUAAUGCAUUUGAGAAAAAGAAAUACAUCCAAGUGGUUUUUACCUUACCCACUGAGAGUUAAGAGACGAGGAACCAUUUGUAAUCAAGAGGGGGAAGGGGAAUGGGUUUGCCAAAAAUGGCAAAACUCAAAAUAAAGCCCCUCUGUGAAAGGGCAGUUUUAGUUAAAUUCAGAGCAGAGCCAAAGAAUUAAAAACUACCAUACAAAUGGGGGAUGAAGAAUGGGUUAGUGGUGCCUUAGUUAAAGGAAAACUUAAGAAAUUAAAGUUUUGGAAAUAGUCUCAAAACAGGGGCCACGCAAAAACUUUCCUGGGGCUCGCCUGGUAAUCUCAGGCAUGAAUGUAGGCAGGACCUCCGAGCACCCAAGGAGAAAACCCCUCACAGAAUGGUCUAAGACCCUGAAUGCCUGCAAAUACUCGGCCAACAAGCUAAGAACCAAACCAAGCAAUGGUGCACGUGUUCAACACAGGGUGCUGGCACCUAGGUUUUGGCGCUGACCUGACAAGCCUCACGGGUAUUCAAGAAAAGAAAGGAAGAACUUGCCUUUUUAGCCUAUGCAAGUGAGGACAUAUCUCCAAAGAAGAUGAUUUUGGAUGCACUUUGAAAGACAAAAGAUAUGCAGAACCAGUGCUUUGUUCUCUUACUAGAUCUUCAAACUAUGGGCAAACUACAGACAAGGAAAAAUUUCAGUGUGGACAGGUAUGCAAAAUGCUGCCAUCUUUUCUAGUUCUUUGUCUAGGCUUUCAACAUCUAGACAAAGUGCAAAACUGAAUGUUACCCCAAGUGAAACACUAUACUGGCUUUUAAAAGGAGACACUAGGUUACUAUUUCCUACUCACUGUUGCUUUCCUCUGCCCCAUCCAUCCUGCUUCAGGCUGAUCUGCACCUGGUAGGGGCUGUCAUUUUUUGCAUGUAGAGGAGACACUGGGUAACCAUGGCAAGUCAAUAAGAAGUCCUAUACUAUAUACUCUGGG